GCCCCACGUGGCGCGCCUCUGCCUGAUCAGCACGUUCCUGGAGGACGGCGUCCGCAUGUGGUUCCAGUGGGGCGAGCAGCGUGACUACAUCGACACGACGUGGGGCUGCGGCUACGCGCUGGCCUCCGCCUUUGUGCUCCUCAACCUGCUGGGACAGCUGACCGGCUGCAUCCUGGUGUUGAGCAGGAACUUCGUGCAGUACGCCUGCUUUGGGCUCUUUGGAAUCAUAGCGCUGCAGACGAUCGCCUACAGCAUCCUGUGGGACUUGAAGUUUUUGAUGAGGAAUCUGGCCCUGGGAGGAGGCCUGUUGCUGCUCCUGGCGGAAUCCCGUUCCGAAGGGAAGAGCAUGUUCGCAGGCGUCCCCACCAUGCGCGAGAGCUCUCCCAAACAGUACAUGCAGCUUGGAGGCAGGGUUCUGCUGGUCUUGAUGUUCAUGACCCUCCUUCACUUUGAUGCCAGCUUCUUCUCGAUUCUCCAGAACAUUGUGGGCACAGCUCUGAUGAUUUUAGUGGCCAUUGGUUUUAAAACCAAGCUGGCUGCUUUGACUCUUGUCGUCUGGCUGUUUGCCAUCAACGUGUAUUUCAACGCCUUCUGGACCAUUCCUGUCUAUAAGCCCAUGCAUGACUUCCUGAAGUACGAUUUCUUCCAGACCAUGUCGGUGAUCGGAGGCCUGCUCCUUGUGGUGGCCCUGGGCCCCGGGGGCGUCUCCAUGGACGAGAAGAAGAAAGAGUGGUAACAGACCCCUUCCCUGCCUGGCUAGGACCCGCGGCCAUCGAGGACUGGUUCGGGGUGGAUUCGACCAAAUGCCAGCAUUUAUGUGUCCUCUUUCCUUCCCUCCCUUGGUAAAGGCACAGAUGUUUUGAGAAUUUAUUUGCAGACACCUGAAAUUUGGCGGCUAAAUCUGCUCUGGACCCACAGCCUAGUACCCGACCACUGGGGCGGGCUGGCUGGGCACAGCGCCUCCCUCCCCCAGGCACGGCCUCGGCUUCCCACGAGCAGCUUGCUGGGCUGUGGCCGCAGUUCCCGUUUUUGUUUCUGUUUUGUGGGUGGGGGGCCUUCAAGCUGUACUGUGAGCAGAUACAUUUGUGUAUCCUUCAAAGCGGUCUCCCUCUUACUGUUUUUUAAGUUUACGUUUUUAGCUAAAACUAAAUGAUUUGGGAUGGCCCUGCCCAACAUCACACAGUCAACGUCCUGGGCGUAAGCCUCGCCCACGGCUCCGAGUUGUCCCCGUGCCGCAUUGUAACGCUCGCAGGGACAACAACGGCAUUUGGACCCAAACCCAAAGAACGAAGUGGUGCCAGAGGGGCCACCGAGGCUGCCGUUCACUCGGCACAAAACCGGCUCCGAUUGGUGCAGCUCGUUGGGUAGGGGAACCCCCCAGGAGCCUCAGUGGCUCAGGGCAGGAACCGGCGGGAUUAGAAGUCCCCAGGUGCACCUGGAGCCUAUGGGGACCCCCGCCCCGACCCUGGCCUGGCCAUAUGCCUGCGCGCUGACUCCCGUGAGGGUCGUGGGAGGAGCAGCAGCCUCGUGGGGCAGGGCAGCGAUGAAGCGGGCUCUCAGACCAGUUACCUCACCCCCGGUCUUCACACCGAGUCUGGGCUGCCGCCGUGGGCUCCUAUGGGCUCGUGUGGGCUCCCGUGGGCUCCGACCUGGCCAAGCGCCCCGCCCGCCUCUCCUUCGGCUGGAGGGACUUUUCCCAAGCUGCGCAGCCGUGACUUACCACUUUCU